AUGUACAGCCAAACACUUGUCGUAUAUGUUGUGUUAUAUGCGGAUGACAUCAAUACAAUCGAUGAUAAAGAUAUGGAUUUUCGUCUCGACUUUUAUCUGAGACACGAGUGGAAUGUUUCGAAACACUUUUGUCGUCCGUAUCUCAAGAAAUUAAAUGAAGGAAACAUUUUCUUGAAUACAACUGAAAACUGUUAUGACAAACGCAAAGACAGAGGAAAAUAUUGGAGAAAAUAA